AUGAACUUCGUGCUUUUCCUGUGCUUGGUCUUCUUUGCUCCUCUGCUACUAUUUGUGGCAUGGCUAGCAGCUUCAUCCUGCUUGGGCAAUGGCUUUCGAACUCGCAUAGGCGGAUUUUCAGCUGGGUCAGGUUUAGACGCAUAUGGCCAGAGCUAUCUCCGAACUAUGGCUAAUUCAGGUGCCGCAAUGUCGGAGCAAAUUGAGAUGGAUGAUAUGCUAGUUGAACCAGGGACUCGCCGCCAUUUCGAUGAAGAAGAGGACGAAGACGAAGAAUGA